GGAGGAGCGCGGAGGUGGAGGAGGAGGAGGAGGUGGAGGUACGAAGGAGCAAGCUCUCUUGGCGGGUAGCCCACGUGUUCAGUGUAGUAGCGCGUUAUGACCCGGAUGUUAGAUUGCAGCGGCAGUUUCGCGAGAACCUGUGCAGCCGACCCGGAUGUACCGCUGCGCGCGGCAGUCGCUCAGUCAUCAGCCGCUAAUGUCCAUCCCCGCUGCCGCUGCCGCCGCUGCUGCUGCUGCUGCUGCUGCUGCUGCUGCUGCUGACUGCUCGAGGCCGGCGAAAUAUGUUCAAUCGGAUAGAUGCGAGCAAGUCGACGAAAGGUGCGAGCAAAUUGCGAAGGGACCUGAUAAACGCGGAGAUCGCCAACUUGCGCGACCUUCUGCCUCUGCCGCCCUCAACGAGACAGCGACUCUCCCAGUUACAGCUGAUGGCCCUCGUCUGCGUCUUUCUGAGGAAAGCAAACUACUUUCAACACGUGUUAAAGAACGAGCAAGAAUCUACAAAUAUACCAACGCCAAACAUUGGAUUUUCAAAGGCCAUGUCCGGUUUCAUUAUGAUGAUGACUCAACAGGGCAAGUUGCUGUACAUAUCGGAAAAUGCCGCCGAGUAUUUGGGACACUCGAUGGAAGACCUUUUGAUCCACGGCGACAGCGUUUACGACGUGGUCGACAAGCAAGACCACAUGGUCAUACAAAAUCAGCUGGCUAGGAGCGGCCCCACUACGCCGGACGACCGAAGAUUAUUCUUGUGUCGCAUAAAUGUAUCGCGGAACUCGCGACGGCAGCUUCGCUUCGGAGAUCAAAAGAAAAUUGUUUAUUUGAGUAUAGCUGAGUGCAUGAAAACUAAUAUAAGCAAAUUAAGUAUUUGGGAUAACAAAUCAUGA